AUGAAUUUUCUCCCUCACCAGCCGACCCAGCACGAGUUACGUCAGAAAAACCAGAACUUUGCCAAAGCUGCACGAGAUGGCAAGAAGCCUACCAAGCCGUCGCGCCAGGAGCGCCUCGCAAAGCAGAGCCCUGUCCCAUUGUGGGCACUUGGUAUUGUCGUCUUCGUCGUCUGUGGAGGAGUCAUCUUCGAGCUUGCUAGGCUCAUAUUCUUAUAG